AUGUUUCAGGCUGUUGAGGCGGCUCUCGCCGAGCAGGGGAAGGGGAAGGUGGCGCGCCCUGAGCCGGACGGGAUCAGCUCUGCCCUCACGCGAUGCCCAACGGAAGAGCUGCUCGCCUUCUCCGUCGGCGACGGCCAGGACGCCAACGCGCACGAGACGAGCUGGGGCGCCAACGCGCACGAGAAGAGCUGGGGCGCCACCGCGCUGCCGAAGAACGGCGACGAACCGGCGCUCCUCGAGGCGGCGUCCCUCGCCGACCCGCGUCCCCGCCCCCCCAGGCGCCUCAGGUCCGAGGUGUACUGGGAGCAGAAGGCCGCCGUCGCCGCCAGGUGGCCCGCACGUUCGCCUUAG